AUGAGGCCUCCCCAGGAGUUCCUGGACUAUAGAAGAUUUUCCAAGCCUCAAAACUUUGGCGAAAUCCAGCAAAGAGUCAGCUAUAAUUUGCCUUAUUUCCAAGCCAACUACAUCGCCAUCGUUCUUCUACUGUCGGUGUACGCGCUGGUGACAAAUGCGUUGCUUCUUUUUGUUCUUGGGUUCACCGGGUUCGGUAUCUAUUUCAUCUCGAAGUUGAAAGGCAGGGACUUGGAGUUACCUAUAGGAAGACUCACUACAUCACAGCUUUACACGGGACUGGCCGUCAUUGCUGUCCCACUUGGAUUCCUUGCGUCGCCGAUUAGUACUAUGAUGUGGCUGAUUGGUACUUCCGCCGUUACUGUGUUGUCUCAUGCCAGUUUGAUGGAGAAACCUAUUGAAACGGUCUUUGAGGAGUCGGUUUGA